AUGGAGACGGCGGCGGGGCCGGUCGCCAUGGACACGGCGGCGCCGCCGGGCGGUCGGCGGCACGCGCUGCUCGCCGUGAUCGGGGAGAUCGGGACGGAGCCGGAGCGGGGCGCGCUGCGCGGCGCCCUGGAGCGUGGAAUUCGUUCCUGGAACAUUAAUACUCUGUACUGUGAUCUGAAUCGUCAACUGCGGCUCUUUGUAACCCGACAUCUGGCUCAGUUUUCUUCUGAAGUCAAAGGCCAAAGAACUCUCCAUCACCAGAGUGACACCCUGGAUACGGUGAUCCUGGUAAAUCCUAAUGUGGACAGCAUUGUGUCUGAGGUCCGCUCACUUGUGUGUGAUUCAUCAGCCCACAAACUACUGAUCCUCUGUGGUCAGAGCUCAGACCACGAAGGAGACUUGGUCCUGCAGACAGGGACUUUCACUUACCAGAAGUUUGCUGAGAUACUUUCAGACCCAGAGGUCACCCAAAUUCUCAGCAACUCUGAUUCAGAAACCAAGGCCUCUCUUACUGUGUCGUGCCUGGGAGAAGGAGCCUGGAGCAACCUUGGGCAUCCUGGAUUUCAGGACAUAAUUAAUCUGAAACUGAAUCCUGAUCCUGUUCUACCGGAAAUGGAUGGGGUGUCUGAAUUUGCAGAAUAUGUCUCUGAGACAGUUGAUGUGCCAUCUCCAUUUGAUCUUCUGGAGCCACCCACCUCAGGGGGUUUUCUGAAGCUUUCUAAGCCAUGCUGCUACAUAUUCCCUGGGGGAAGAGGUGAUUCUGCUCUCUUUGCUGUCAAUGGGUUUAACAUCCUUGUGGAUGGUGGCUCUGAGAGGAAAUCCUGCUUCUGGAAGCUGGUAAGGCACCUGGAUAGGAUUGACUCGAUCCUGCUCACCCACAUUGGUGCAGACAACCUGCCUGGCAUCAAUGGGCUGCUGCAGAGGAAAGUUGCUGAGCAAGAGGAGGAACAAUCCCAGGGCUCUACCAAUUAUAGUGACUGGAUGAAGAAUCUAAUCUCUCCUGAGCUAGGGGUGGUUUUUUUUAAUGUUCCUGAAAAGCUGAAGAUGCCUGAAGCCUCCAUGAAAGUAAAGAGGAGCAUUGAAGAAGCGUGUAUGACACUGCAGUAUCUCAACAGACUGGGCAUUAAAUCAGAGCCUCUCUACAGGGUGGUGAGCAGCACCAUCGAGCCCAUCACGCUCUUCCACAAAAUGGGAGUGGGUAAGCUGGACAUGUAUAUACUGAACCCUGUCAAGGACAGUAAAGAAAUGCAGUUUCUAAUGCAGAAAUGGGCUGGCAAUAGUAAAGCAAAGACUGGCAUCAUUCUUGCAAGUGGGAAAGAAGGUGAAAUUUCUGUUCCCUAUCUCACAUCUAUCACAGCCCUAGUGGUAUGGCUACCAGCCAGCCCAACAGAGAAAAUUGUGAGGGUUUUGUUUCCUGGAAAUGCUCCUCAAAAUAAGAUACUGGAAGGUCUUGAGAAACUCAAGCACCUGGAUUUUCUAAGGUACCCAGUGGCUACCCAGAAAGAUAUCACUUCUGGAAUACCUCCACCUGUGCUGAAGCAGACCAAAAUGAAACAAAGAACUGACAGUAAGGAGAGUCUUAAGUCUUCCCCCAAGCCAUCUGUGACAAAGCAAGUCAAGAAGGAAGAAGCAGUUGAGGAAGGGAUUAAGGAAGUAAAACCAGAAGUUGUAAAGGAUGCUAAAAUUGAGAAAAAGGUUAAAGAACACACAGAGAAAAUUCCUGAGAAACCUGUUAAACAUGAAAAGAUAAAGACAGAAACAAGUGAUGCUCUCAAAGCUGAGAAAAGAAAAUUGGCUAAAGACAAGGUUGGAAAAAAGCAUCUCAAAGAGAAAGUAUCCAAAUUAGAGGAGAAGAAAGACAAAGAAAAGAAAGAGAUUAAGAAGGAGAAAAAGGACUUAAAAAAAGACGAUGGAAAGAAAGAUGAGAAAAAAGAUUCAAAGAAAGAUGAUAAAAAGAAAGAAAACAAACCAGAGCUCAAAAAAAUUUCUAAACCAGACUUGAAACCAUUUACCCCAGAAGUAAGAAAAACAUUGUACAAGGCAAAACUUCCAGGCAGACUCAAAACUGAGAAGAUCAAAGUAAAACCUGAAAAAGAACCUGAAAAGGUUCCUGCUGACCUCAAGACAUUACCAAUGGAGACAGCACCUGCACAAGUGGAUCUAGGAGAGACAUCCAUAGUGGAACAGAGGUUAGUCCUGUCUUCACCAGAAGAUCUUACAAAGGACUUUGAGGAACUGAAGCAUGAGGAGAGACAGUCUUUGCAGUUGACUCAAGAACUGUCUGAUACGGAGGUUAGUGAUAAGAUUAUGAGAGCAUCUGAAGCAGAGGUAAAAGACUCUGUUGAUAUGAGUGGUCAGAGUAACCUUGAAGUGGAUCUGAUUUUAAAAAGAAAGACGCCUGAUCAGGGAGUAACUACUACUGAUACAGGAAAAGAAUCAUCAGCAGAGGAAAUGGCAGUCCAUCAGUGGGAGCUGAGGGGAGGUCCUGCUGAAAAAAUAGAGGAUGAAAGAAAAACAAUAGAUGAAAACCAUGACAUAAGAUACUGGGAGGGAAAAACUGAGCAGGGCAAGGACAUUCAGAUGUUUUCUGACAAAGAACACCUGCCAUCACAUACAGACCUGUUGGCAAAGGGUGCUCGGCCACCAGUGUUCAGAGAGGAAGAAAAGGAGGAAGAGGAGAAAAUCUCUUUGGACAGAAAACAGAGGGAAGCAGAAACGUGUGGAAAGUAUAUUGAUGGGACAGAGGCACAGGAAGAGGAUGAGAAGGAAAAGAGAGAAGAUGUGAUAGAAAAGGCAGAACUAGAAGAAAAGGAAGAACAGCACAUGAAAGCAGAGGACAAAGUGGAGAAGAAUAGAGAAUUCUGUGGGCUGAAUCAGGAUGAUAGGGAGGACAAACUGUUUACCAUCACAGAGAAGGAAAGAGAAUUUAGUUUCAUGGAUGACAAAACCAAGUUACUUGGAAAGGACAUAACAAAGGAAGAGUCAUAUCUGAGCAGCCUGCCAAUCCCACCAGGAGCUACAGCAGAACAUGUUUCCUAUAUCCAAGAUGAAACUAUCCCUGGCUACUCAGAAACAGAGCAGACCAUUUCUGAUGAAGAAAUACACGAUGAACAGGAAGAGAGGAUCCCACACUUGAAGUAUGAUGUUAAUGCCUAUAACAUUUCUGUUCCUGACCAUCCAGGCUCUUUUGAAGCAGUACAUGGAAUACAGGCCAUGCCUCCUGCUGAUCUUUCAGCCAAGGGCUAUGCUGGCCAGGAGUCUGAAAUCCUGGCAUAUCCUACAAACAUUGUGGCAGCACCUCUAGCUGAGGAGGAACACAUAUCUUCUGCGACCUCCAUUACUGAAUGCGACAAGCUUUCAUCUUUUGCAACAUCAGUAGCAGAGGAUCAAUCUGUUGCAUCCAUAACAGCACCACAAACAGAAGAGACUGGGAAAAGCUCUUUACUUUUGGACACAGGAAACAGUAUGCCCUCCUCUCGGACUGAAGCGACCCAAGGUCUUGAUUAUGUUCCCUCUGCUGGCACAAUUUCUCCCACAUCAUCCUUAGAGGAAGACAAAUGCUUUAAAUCUCCACCCCCUGAAGAUUUCCAUGCAUUAGCAGAAGGAGAGAGGAAACUGGAAACUCAGAAAAAGGACCUCCAUGAGGAGGUAGAAGAUGAAGAAGAUGAAGAAGACGGGACUCCAAAUAUUGAGAUUCCUGAGAAACUCAGAGGGCAUUACAAUGCCCCCGUGUUUGCUCCUCAAGGAUGCCCUGAUAAUGUGAUAAUCGGUGUUCCCACACAGGUGAUGCCUUUAUCCACUGAAGAAGCACCAUUUUCCCAAGCUGACUCUGCAGAGGCUGAAGAACGAUGCACGAGUCCCGAUGACAGCACAGUCAAAAUGGCCUCUCCCACUCCAUCUGGCCCCACCAGUGCAGGGCACACACCCUUCCACCAGUCUCCAGUGGAGGAAAAGCUGGAAACAGUAGAUUCAGAUCUAUUUGAAAAACAAACAGAUGCCUCUGCCAAGAAACUGGAAGGCCAAAGUUCUGUUGUGGUGAAGGCAGCCAAGGGUGAACCUCUCAGAGAAGAGGAGGCAUCUGUGGCUAAAUCCAGACACGAAAGAGAAGUGCCUGGACCUGGGCAGCACGAAUUGAUUUUGAGCAGUGAUGUUCCAGUGUCCCCCGAGGAGGAGGCACAGGAGGAACCAGUGAGGAGGGAGGAGCUGCCCUGGCUGUCUUACCACAAGCAGGACACAGUGGUGAUCGGAGAGGACAAGGAGCGUGCCAGCACAAAACCAGAAACAGAUCAAGGAACUAAAACCAAGACAGAAAGUUUAAUUGGAUUUCCAGAACACUUGUCCUUUGAGCCAUUUGUAACCACGGGAACUUCUCUAGGAAAUGUGAAUCUUCCACAGUUCACAAGCCAAAGCAAAUCUAAAAAUGACAAAUCUUUGCAAUUUUCACCAGAUGGCAUCAAAUCACCUUCUUUUACAGAAGAGAGCAUUGGUGUAAAAUCUUGCAGGUUCAAGGAAGCUCAAGAAAAAAAAUCUCCAGAAAUGGAAAAGUUUUGCAUGAAAGAUUUAAGUUAUGAGAAGAAAGUGUGGUUUCCAGAAGAGGUAGAAGAGGUCCCUCUUCUGGGAAGACGGCAGAGAUAUGACAAGGAGAGGGAGAGUACUUUCUUGGACGAGGUACCAGAAUUUGAAACAAAAUCCCUUCCUAAAAUGGGAAAGGAAGGGAACCUGUCUCCUGCAGCGCCUGGCAGCCAGACCUGGAGAGGACAAGAAAGGGAAGCAUGGGGUUCUGCCUUUGGGUAUCUUCAGGAAGGGAGAGACAGUGGGAGAGGAGGGCAAUUACCCAGUGAGGAGGAUGAGGCGCUUCACCAUGCUGAAGACAAACCCAUGCUACUGCAAGCAGAAACUGAAUGUUUAAAGAUGGAGUCAUUUGAUUACAAAGAAGACACACGGAAGAGUGCCAAACCUACAUCAGAAACAAAGAAAGUGGAUGUGAUUCCUGCUGACAUCACUGUCCCAGAAAGAACACAAAGAGAAGGUUCUCCUCCAUCUCCUCAGCAUGUCCCUGGUGAGGAAAAUCAGGCCAAAGCUUUAACUGGAAACAAAAAAAGGCAAGAAUUGUUGUUGACCUCUAAACAAGGUAGUUCCUGCUUAGAUGAUGAGGAAAAAGCUGUCCUAGAUAUCUAUGCAAAGUCACUAGACCAAGUUCUGACAACAUCUCCCCUGUCUGCAGUGGGAAAGGUGAUUGAGGUACCACCAGGAGCAGAGAGGCCCUGCAAGUUAGAGCAGUGCAAGCCACCUUUGUGGGAGGAUGUCCCAUCAAAGACAGCUGAGAAGAAAUCGGACAUCAGUGAUUUGUACCAGGAAACAGAUUGCAAAUACAAGUCAGAUAGCAGGCAAGAGGAUGACUGCAAAUCCACCGAGGGUCUGUAUGUCUCUAAAGGAAGAAAAGAGCAGACAGCAGCAGCAUCUACCCUGUUGCAAUCUAUGAGAGCAGCAGAAUAUAUUGCAGAGUCCACAGAAGGGAGUGCUGAGCUGUCAGGACAGUGUGCACACUCCCCUCCAGGACAAGGCCCAUGCCAAACAAGCAGUGAUGCUGUGGGUGGUGCUGGGGGUGUGGGUGCUACCAUCCAAGAGGUAUAUCCUCCAGAGACCUAUUCCAGGAGUUCCCCUGAGCCUUAUUCCUAUGAGGAAGGGGUCUACACACAGAGAGACGAUGACAGUUCCACAAGACAAGAGCCAGAAGAAAGAGAACCGACUCCCUAUCCUGAUGAAAGAAGUUUCAAAUAUGCUGACAUCUAUGAGAAGAUAAUUGUGUCUGGAGUGGGACCUUCCCCCUUCACAGCCAUGGGUGCACACAGCCCAGGUCACACUGACAAGGUGCCAGUGACAGCACUGAACUCUCAAAAAGGUCAAAAUUUUCAUGUGUCUGCAAAGGAAGAAGAGUCCUGCCUUUAUACCUCUGCUGAGAAGGAAUUGUCAUCUCCAGCAUCCCCUAAGGAUAAAGCAGAUUCAGUCUUUGACUAUAGAGACAUCCAUGAAAGAUAUCUGCCCUUAUCUGAAACAGAGAGGCCUAGGACAUCAGGAGGACAGGAAAAACUGAAGGUGUCUUCUGCUUUGCCAGGAGAACUGGACUCUGCACUGCACCCAUUGUCUGCGAACACAGCAUUUGCCUCUCCCACCGCCACAACUGACACCUCUUAUCAAGGAAAAUCAUCCACCUAUAUUGAUGCUGGUUGUCCAGAUGAGAACAUAAUUUUGUCUAGCCAGGAGCAGGUAUCUCUGUCCCUGAAAUCUGAAAUCCCAAAUCCCGAAGAUACAUACUAUGAGAAAGCAGGUCGAGGGGAAGAAAGUGCAAGUGACUCAGAACUGGAAAAAGGUGCUAAGGAGAAGUCUGAAAAGGAGUCUAAACUGCACAGCCCUGCUGAAGCUGCAGGCACUGUCUAUGCACACAUCUCGGCCAUCAGCAAGUUCCCUGUCUCAGACCCCUUCCUGCAGACCAAAUGUCAGGAGCCCCUUUCUCCCAGCUCCACUGCCUCUUCUCCCUCUGGUCCAGGCUGGCAAGAGGAAUAUGAAAACCAGGGAAACAAAGAUGAGUACUUGGAGGUUUCUGAGAAAAUCGGCAGCCUCGACUCAUCUUUUCCUAAAUUCUCACCACUGAGUCCAUACGAAGAAGGCAAGGUGUUCUCCAAAGGUGUGGAGAAAGAGUCUGUGACCCAGCAGCUGAAAGAUGAUUCUUCCAGCCUGUCAGAAGAACCUUCAUCUGAAGCCACCACUCCUGUGAUAAUGACUACAGCAGAAAGUUUCUAUUCCCAUAUGCUUUCCACUCACACAGGUGCAGGAGUGGAAGUGGCUACUAGGAGUGCUUGGGAUGUGCCUCCACAGGUUCCAGAUAAUGCUAUGAAAAUACAUACAGCUGAAACCAAAGACUUUGUCUUUGCUGAAGAACAUGGGUCUCUAUUUCCCUGUGGCAUGGGUGACCACACCUUGCCAUGCAGAGAAGAGUGCCAGGGCUCAGAGCCCACACCAUUCUCUGCAGAGCAAGAGCAGCAGCACUGUGGUAGCAGCCCAGAGCAGAAGGCACCAUUUGCAGAACACCCGUUGCCACUCGCAUCUCUCCCUGAGGUGCUGACACCAUUUCCUCAUCAUCAGCACGAAGAUGAAACCACAGCCAAUGGUCCAACAGAGGUGAGCACCAGUCUGUCAGCUUUCCAAAGUACAUACCAUGCAGCAGAGGCAAAAGAUGAAAAAACAUGUCCCGAUUCUGACAGCAGUUUUUCUCCAUGCACAGGCAACGAGGAGACAGAGAGGCAAAGCCGUCCUUCCUCUCUGAUGUCCCCUGAAAACAGUUUCCAGCCAUUUUUCCCAGAUGUGCAAAGGGGUGAAAAAACAGAGGACUGUGGAGAUGCUUCCCAUGACAUGGAGACCCAAUUAGGAGGCAGUUCUGAUUGUGGACAGAAAUUUUCCUCAUGUGAAUACAAGCAGAGAAAGGGAGAACUCUCUCCCUCAUUUAUCAACCCAAGCCCCCAUGAGCUCUCUGAAGACAGUGACCUCUCACAGGAGGAGGGUCACCCUUCAGUGCAAGGGAGACCACCCCACACUGGGAGCAGUCCCAUGCAAAGCGCUACAGUGGAGGAAACCCCUCCAACAUCUGUGAGUGAUUCUGGAACCUCCCAGUCAGACUCUGAUGUCCCACCUGAGACUGAAGAAUGUCCAUCCAUCACAGCAGAUGCCAACAUGGACUCAGAUGAAGAUGCUGAUUUCCUCCCAGUGGACAAAGCUGUGGGGAAUGCUCAUCAUGCCAGUUCUAGGUCCAGCCAUGAUCCUCAGCCUUUUCCAAUGGUAGAUCCCCAUCCCCACCCUCCACACCCUGAUGUCUGCAUGGUAGACCCUGAUAUGUUGUUAAAUGAGCAAAGCAUGAGCAGAACUGAUAAAAUUUCCAAGAAAGAAAUAAAAGAAAAGAACAAAGGUGUGAGGAAGCCUUUGAGCAAACCCAAAUCUUCCUCACCUGCCCGGAAAUUAGAUGUGAAAGGGAAACGAUCACCCACUCCUGUGAAACAGUCAUCUGACAAAUCUCCAAAAUCUGUCACUGCCAAAAAAGAAAGAGAUGGAGGAGAAAAGCCCAAACCACGUAGUUCGCUGAUGCCAGAGGAUGAGUUAUCCCGGAGUAGUCACAGCAACCCUGGCAAGAGCCUUGUUAAUGGCAUCAAAACAAAUCCUGCUUCCAAUAGUCCUAAGAGCAGUUUGUCUGUGCCUAUGGGUCCACCCGUCUAUGUGGACUUGGCCUACAUCCCCAACCACUGCAGUGGGAAGAACACAGAUCCAGAGUUCUUCAAGCGGGUUCGAGCAUCUUAUUAUGUUGUGAGUGGAAAUGAUGCAGCCAACGGAGAGCCAAGCCGUGCAGUGCUGGAUGCGCUCCUGGAAGGGAAGUCUCAGUGGGGAGAGAACCUGCAGGUGACGUUGAUCCCAACACACGAUACUGAGGUAACACGAGAAUGGUAUCAACAGACCCAUGAGAAACAGCAGGAGCUGAACAUCAUGGUACUGGCAAGCAGCAGCACUGUUGUGAUGCAGGAUGAAUCUUUUCCAGCCUGUAAGAUUGAAUUCUAAAUCUCCCACAUUUUGUGUUCAUCCAUUGACUCU